GAAGCGCCGUCGCAUGUCACGUGACUCUCUCCCAAACCAGGAAGUGCUGUGUCCCACUGUCUCUUCAAAACAAAUCGAAGUGUCUCGUGUUGAAAACGUUUAAAAAACGGAAACAUUCGCUGUCCUCACCUGAAGUCACGCUCGUCUUGAAAUGGAGGAGACAUUAUUCCAGAUGAAGUUCUCUGCCAAGCAGCUCGAGCGUCUGGCCAAAAAGGCGGAGAAGGAGUCUGAAAAAGAGCAGGCCAAAGUCAAGAAGGCUUUGCAGCAGAAGAAUGUGGACUGUGCCAGAGUCUAUGCUGAGAACGCCAUCCGGAAAAAGAACGAAGGUCUCAACUGCCUGCGUAUGGCGUCGCGACUGGACGCCGUGGCCUCCAAGGUCCAGACGGCCGUCACCAUGAAGGGAGUGACCAAGAGCAUGGGUCAGGUGACCAAGGCCCUGGACAAAGCUCUGAACUCCAUGGACCUCCAGAAGGUCUCAGCAGUCAUGGAUAAGUUUGAAAGUCAAGUGCAGAACCUAGACGUCCACACCUCGGUGAUGGAGGACUCCAUGAGCUCGGCCAUGACACUGACCACGCCUCAGGAGCAGGUCGACGACCUCAUCCAGCAGAUCGCCGAGCAGAACGGCCUGGAGGUGAUGGACCAGCUCAGCCAGCUGCCGGCCGGAGCUUCGUCACUGGGUCCGGAGAGUUCACGCAACCAGGAGAAGGAGGACCAGCUGUCCCGACGGUUGGCUGCUCUAAGGCACUGAGGCAGCGACGGCAUCAAACACAGCUGGGAGAUGAGAGUGUGUGUGUGUGUGUGUGUGUGUGUGUGAGGACUUAAUGAGGCUGUUGAUUACUGCUCUAUAAAUAUAAUAAUAUACACACACACACACACACACACACACUAGGCUACAAAUAGCACCUGAGAAGACAGGAAUCUCUCUCUGUUCUCUUCUCUUCUAUUGAUCGCUCUCUAUCUCCUGCUUUUAACCCCUCUGUGACCGUCCUGUCGUCAUCGUGGGAACGAGCGUCCAAUCACAGUCGAGAUCCACUGUCUGUGACGUCAGCUUCUCAGUACUGUGAUUCCUGAACUGUUUUAAAAUUGACAGAUAAGGAACGUCAACGUUAUCUCUGGAAAAAAGGAGCAGAAAAACUCACUCACUGAACAUUUGUAACAGAAAUAAAAUCUACACAAGUCCUCAUGAAGGUCAUGAGAGGGUUAAAGUCAUGUUUCCCUUCUUUUUUGCAACGUUAUCGACGCUCUGGAUGUUUGUCACGACGCUCUGGACGCUUGUUUGUCACGGCGCUCUGGACGUUCGUUUGUUGCGACGCUCUGGACGCUCGUUUUUUGCGACACUCUGAACUCUAGUUUGUUACGACGCUCUGGACGUUUGUUUGUCACGCCGCUCUGGACGCUCGUUUGUCGCGACGGUCUGGACGCUCGUUUGUUGCGACGCUCUGGACGCUCGUUUUUUGCGACACUCUGAACUCUAGUUUGUUACGACGCUCUGGACGUUUGUUUGUCGCGACGGUCUGGACGCUCGUUUGUCGCAACGCUCUGGACGCUCGUUUGUCGUGACGCUCUGGACGCUAGUUUGUUGCGACGCUCUGGAUGCUCGUUUGUUGCGACACUCUGGACGUUUGUCGCGAUGCUCUGCACAUUUGUUUGUUGCCACGCUCUGGACGCUCGUUUGUCGCGACGCUCUGGACGCUCGUUUGUCGCGACGCUCUGGACGCUCGUUUGUUGCGACGCUCUGGACGCUCGUUUGUCACAACGCUCUGGACGUUUGUUUUUUUUCGCGACGCUCUGGACGCUCGUUUGACGUGACGCUCUGGACACUCGUUUGUUGCGACGCUCUGGACGCUCGUUUGUCGCGACACUCUGGACGCUCGUUUGGCGCGGCGCUAUGGACGUUCGUUUGUUGCGCCGCUCUGAAUGCUCGUUUGUCACGACGCUCUGGACGUUCAUUGUUGCGAUGCUCUGGACGUUUGUCGCCACGCUCUGGGCGCUCGUUUGUUGCAACACUCUGGACGCUCGUUUGUCACGACGCUCUGGACGUUUUUUUUUCGCGACGCUCUGGACGCUCGUUUGUCGCGACGCUCUGGACGCUCGUUUGUCGCGACGCUCUGGACACUCGUUUGUUGCGACGCUCUGGACGCUCGUUUGUCGUGACGCUCUGGACACUCGUUUGUUGCGACACUCUGGACGCUUGUUUGUCGUGACUCUCUGGACGCUCGUUUGUCGUGACUCUCUGGGCGCUCGUUUGUCGCGGCGCUCUGGACGUUCGUUGGUCGCAACGCUCUGGACGCUCGUUUGUCACGACGCUCUGGACGCUCGUUUGUCGUGACGCUCUGGACGCUCGUUUGUCGUGACUCUCUGGACACUCGUUUGUUGCGGCGCUCUGGACGUUCGUUUGUCGUGACGCUCUGGACGCUCGUUUGUCGCGACACUCUGGACGUUCGUUUGUCACAAUGCUGCGAACUAUGAAUUAUGAUACUGAGAAGCUGACGGCACAUGAAUAUCAUGAUGUCAUAAGAAGGUUAAUUCCCAACUCCUACUCAUUUUACCCCUCCCUCAUCACUCCUGACUCCUCCCCUCAUUCUCUGAAUGUGUGGAAGCUGUGCAGUUAAUGCGCAUCACUGUUGCUACAGUUGCGCUUUAGUCCUUUUAAACAGGAUUAAAAAAAAGAAGAAAGAAAAGUAGUCAUGACAACAGACUUGUUGUUUUGGUAACCAAGCAACCAAACACAGAGGAUAAUCUGCUUCCUGUUUACACCUGAACAGUCAUGUGGCAGACGUUUGAAAUGUAGGACGUGAACUUGUGUCGACACGCUGCCUUUCCGGGGGGGCGGGGAAGGGGGGGGGACUUUUCCAGAAAUGUUUAAAAGAUGGAUUCUGUGGAGGAGGAGGAGUUAGUUUCAGGGGUUUUUUUUGUUAACAUGUCGCUAACAUGGUCCUGCGUCGCGUGUCUUUCAUCGUCUUCCUCUCCCUGGUUUUGUUUUUAACAUUUAGACUUUUUUGCUUUAAAUGCCUUAUUUUGGAAUGCAGGUGCUUCCUCCUCACCAGUGCCUCAGUGACGCGAGUUCAACUUUGAAACGUGAAACGUUGUCCGAUCUCUGGUUCUUCAUGUUUUCAGUGCAUCAGAACACUAAAUCCUCUCCCUCCGCACACUUACUCACACAGUCAUGUGUUUUUCAUGCUGUAGACGCUGGUUUGUGAUGUUUAGUGUGUUUGACUCCACAGGAAAACCACUCCCUCUUCUCUAUGAGGUCACUUCCUGUUCAAAGCUUUUUGUCACUCUCUGGAAACCCCCUCUUUUUGUGAAACACAGGGAGGGAUUAUUUAUAUGUGUGAAAAAUAAAGGUGAAGACAAUGA